AUGUCUGACAAGCUUACUCGUAUUGCGAUCAUCAACAGUGACAAGUGCAAACCGAAGAAAUGUCGUCAAGAGUGCAAGAAGUCUUGCCCUGUGGUCCGCACUGGCAAGCUUUGCAUUGAAGUCGAUCCCACUUCGAAGAUCGCCUUCAUCUCCGAGCGCCUGUGCAUUGGUUGUGGUAUCUGUCCCAAGAAGUGCCCAUUCGGAGCCAUUCACAUCAUCAACUUGCCCACCAACCUCGAAACCCAAGUCACCCACCGCUACUCGGCCAACAGCUUCAAGCUUCACCGACUUCCCAUGCCCCGUCCCGGUCAGGUUCUCGGUCUGGUUGGAACAAACGGUAUCGGAAAGAGUACCGCCCUGAAGAUUCUCAGUGGCAAGCUGAAGCCUAACCUCGGUCGUUAUGAGAACCCUCCUGACUGGGAGGAGAUCCUGAAGUACUUCCGUGGUUCCGAUUUGCAGAACUACUUCACCAAGAUUCUGGAAGACAACCUGAAGGCGGUUGUGAAGCCUCAAUAUGUCGAUCAGAUUCCCCGUGCUGUGAAGGGACCUAUCCAGCAGGUUCAACAGCUCAUCUCGGCGCGCGCUGCGCUGGGUAACGAGGAGGAUAUCAUGGACGUUCUCGAGUUGAGACAAGUUGCGCACCGUGAUAUCGGUCACCUUUCCGGUGGUGAGCUUCAGCGUUUUGCCAUUGGUCUGGUUUGUGUUCAGAAGGCCGACGUGUACAUGUUCGACGAGCCUUCCUCAUAUCUCGAUGUCAAGCAGCGUCUGGCUGCUGCCCGUACGAUCCGCAGCCUCCUCCGCCCCGAUGACUAUGUCAUCGUUGUCGAGCACGAUUUGUCCGUCCUCGAUUACUUGUCCGACUUCAUUUGCGUGUUGUAUGGUCGUCCUGCUGUCUACGGUGUCGUCACUCUGCCUUCUUCCGUCCGUGAGGGUAUCAACAUCUUCUUGGACGGUCACAUCCCUACCGAGAACCUGCGAUUCCGUGAGGAAUCUCUCACCUUCCGUCUUGCCGAAGCCGGCGAGGAGUUCAUUGCGGACAAGGAUCGUGCCUUCGCCUAUCCCGCGAUGGAGAAGACUCUGGGUGACUUCCACCUGAAGGUUGAUGCCGGAAAGUUCACCGACUCCGAAAUUGUCGUCAUGAUGGGUGAGAACGGUACAGGAAAGACCACUUUUUGUAAGAUGCUUGCUGGUGCAUUGAAGCCCGACGGCCUCAUCUCUGUCCCCAAGAUGAACAUCAGCAUGAAGCCCCAGAAGAUCACCCCCAAGUUCACGGGUACCGUCCGCCAACUCUUCUUCAAGCGUAUCAAGACUGCCUUCCUGUCUCCUCAGUUCCAGACCGAUGUCUACAAGCCCUUGAAGAUGGAUGACUUUAUCGACCAGGAGGUUCAGAACCUGUCCGGUGGUGAAUUGCAGCGUGUCGCCAUUGUCUUGGCUCUGGGUAUGCCCGCUGAUAUCUACCUGAUUGACGAGCCCAGUGCCUACCUGGACUCCGAGCAGCGUAUUGUUGCUGCUCGUGUCAUCAAGCGUUUCAUUAUGCACACCAAGAAGACCGCUUUCAUCGUCGAGCACGAUUUCAUCAUGGCCACCUACCUGGCUGAUCGUGUCAUUGUCUUCGACGGCCAGCCAUCUGUGGAUGCUCGUGCUCAGACGCCCGAGUCUCUGGUCGGUGGUUGCAACCGGUUCUUGAAGAGCCUGGAUGUUACCUUCCGUCGUGACCCCAACAGCUUCCGCCCCCGUAUCAACAAGUACAACAGUCAAAUGGACCAGGAGCAGAAGCUGGCAGGCAACUUCUACUUCUUGGAAGAAGAGAACUGA